AUAGCUUUUCUUCCGUAUCUAGGGUUUUUCUUUGGAGCUUGGCAUCUCUUUCAAACUAAAGCAGCCGCAGCCGCAGCCGCACUGUACCGAAAGCAGUGAAACCCUAGCCAUGUCGCUGGUUGCAAACGAAGAGUUUCAGCACAUUCUUCGUGUGCAAAACACGAACGUUGAUGGAAAGCAGAAGAUCAUGUUCGCUAUGACCUCUAUCAAAGGUAUCGGUCGCCGUUUUGCUAACAUUGCUUGCAAAAAAGCCGAUAUCGACAUGAACAAGAGGGCCGGAGAACUCUCUGCUGCAGAGCUUGACAGCUUGAUGGUGGUUGUGGCUAAUCCUCGCCAAUUCAAAAUCCCAGAUUGGUUUUUGAACAGGCAGAAGGAUUACAAGGAUGGCAAGUUUUCUCAAGUUACAUCUAAUGCACUUGACAUGAAACUCAGGGAUGAUCUGGAACGGCUGAAGAAGAUCAGGAAUCACCGUGGUUUGCGUCACUACUGGGGCCUUCGUGUACGUGGUCAGCACACAAAGACCACUGGCCGCAGGGGGAAGACAGUUGGUGUCUCCAAGAAGAGAUAAAUUAUCUACUUGCCAGUUCCUAUAUGUUUUAUGCUUCUCUUUAGUA